AUGUAUCUAAGAGCCCACCUCCAGACCAAGCCAGCUGAUGCUAACCGUUUGCCUCCAGCACCGACCUCCUUCUGCAAAUGCACAUGUUUCUCCAAUAGCACCAUCAUCCCUCUUGACCCAACCAAGUCCAGCUCUGGUUCGGCCUCGAUCGACAAUGUCCUGAAUCUCUACGAGCGUGCUUUCGAUAGCGUGGCAGCGGAUCCCGCGGAAGGCGAGCACGACAUCAUCCCACGAGCCCAGAAAUACCGCGCACUAAGCUGCAAUGAUUGCAAUCGCAAAUUCUGCCUCAACUACGAGCUUCCGACGUGCAAAGGGGCCAAGGAGGAGGAUGUCUUUACUACCUGUUUCCGUAAGUGCGGCCAUGCGGGACCAACAGUGGCUUGGGUCGAAUGCGAUCGAGACAUUGGUGGCCCAAAUACAAGAAAAGAAAUGAAAAAUGAAAACAACACAUGGACGAGGCUGACUAGUGGUCUAGAACGAGAUUCUCGCAAAGACGAAGCGGUGGUGUUCCUUUUUAUCUUCGCUACGGGCGGAUUGUUAGCAUGGGCGCUCGCCAAGCCCUGGAUCGAGCGAUACCUCGAGGCAGCGACUAACGGUGCGCAGGCAGCACGAGAACGCCGAUCGUAUAUGCCGGUUUCGGAAAACGAUAGCUAA